AUGGACACAAAAACGUCACGUCCACGCACGCUUGAAACUCGGAAAAAAUGUAAAUACUUUUUCUUCCACUGGCGUCGCUUUCGCAACGAAGAAUUAUGGUGCAAAUGUGAUACCCGUCGCCUGACUAGAGGUUGGACCAGCAAUCAUGUCGGCAUUGAUGAAUUCAUCAAAGAAACUCAGCGAAGCACUCGAAAUUGGAUGGAUCCUUACCUGGAAUGGAUUCCCUACGAAAAGUUGGAUAAUAUUAAAAAGAUUGGCGAAGGUGGUUUCAGUGAGGUGUACUCGGCCGAAUGGGGCGACAUCGAGAAACGGAUCUCGUGGCCACCCAAGAAUAAAUCGCUGCCAGUGGCAUUGAAGAAACUUAGAGGGUCAAAGGAAAUGUCUGAAAGCUUUAUCAAUGAGCUACGUACCCAUUACCGUUGCAUCUCAACACCCUCACCCAUCGAAGACAAUGUAAAAUAUGAUCACGGAUUUUUGCGUUUCUUUGGGAUCACCCAAGAUCCAAAGACAAAGGAUUACGCGAUGGUUACCGAACUUGCAUCACUCCGUGACAUUCGCUACGUAUUCGACCAGAUGUUCGCGGAUAUAAAGUUUGCCCAGGGGACGCCACAGUCGUACAUCGAUCUCGCAAAGCGAUGCUGGGACGAGAAUCCAGCAAAAAGGCCAAGAGCAAGGGAUCUGUUGAACAUGUUUGAUCACUGGUGGGAUCUUACACAGGAUUCGGAGACACCUGAUGACGCAUUUAGUCAGGCUGACAAGUACAUAAUUGAACAAAGGAGAGAUUAUAAGAGGCAUCCGGGGGCGAUAUAU